AUGAAUUCCGCUGUCAGCACCGAGUCCAUGGACAUGGCUGAAGAGGAGAUGUCCCAGGUGGACGGGUGCGGGAUGAGCGGCGGCUCGGAGGACGAGGACGAGUGCGCGUCGUCGCCGGCCGGCUCGGCGUACGACGACGGCGGUGACGUCAUCAAGAACGCCAUGAGCGACGAGGUCACCAAGCAGCUGGCUGCCGCUGGACCAGUAGGCAUGGCCGCAGCUGCAGCCAUCGCAUCGUCAAAGAAACGCAAACGACCACACUCAUUCGAGACCAACCCAUCCGUCAGAAAAAGGCAUCAGAAUAGACUACUUAGAAAACUUAGACAAACAAUAGAAGAAUUUGCGACACGUGUCGGUCAACAAGCAGUGGUGCUUGUGGCUACUCCCGGGAAACCCAACACAUCUUACAGAGUGUUUGGUGCCAAGCCGCUGGAGGAUGUGGUACGAAACCUACGUUGCAUGAUUAUGGAAGAGUUGGAGAAUGCGCUUGCACAACAGUUCGGACUGGGCGGCUGCCCGCAGGCGCCGCCGCCGCCGCAGGAGGACCCGUCGCUGUUCGAGCUGCCGCCGCUCAUCAUCGACGGCAUCCCCACGCCUGUCGAGAAGAUGACGCAGGCCCAGCUGCGCGCCUUCAUCCCACUCAUGCUCAAGUAUUCCAUGGUUCGCGGCAAGCCGGGUUGGGGCCGGGAGUCGACACGACCACCGUGGUGGCCCAAGGACCUACCGUGGGCCAAUGUACGCAUGGACGCGCGCUCCGAAGACGAAAAGCAAAAAAUGUCAUGGACCCAUGCACUGCGGCAGAUCGUGAUCAAUUGCUACAAGUACCACGGCCGCGAAGACCUUCUACCCGCCUUCACUGAGGACGACGACAAGGCACAAACACAGCCCAUAUCGGCAUGCAUGCCCAAUGCGAGCUCGAACUCAUCGAGCGGCUCUUCAAAUGGAAAUGCUCGCUCCAACCAUCAGACAUCAGCCGUCUUGACCUCGUCACAAGUUUGCAUUGAUCAAAUGACCCUGGCUGAUGUUGAUAUGUCUCAGUAUGCGCCCGCAGUGCUGCAGACCAUCACGAACCCAGACGGCACUGUGUCGCUCAUACAGGUGGACCCUAAUAACUCCAUUAUCACGCUGCCCGAUGGCACUACUGCUCAAGUGAUCCACAGCGGGGAAGGGGGAGCGGGCGUGGUGCAGGCACUGGAGGGCGGCGAGGGCGCCGUGGCGGUGGACCUCAACGCCGUGGCCGAGGCCACGCUCAACCACGACGGACAGAUCAUACUCACCGGCGAGGACGGACACGGGUACCCGGUGUCGGUGUCGGGCGUGAUCACGGUGCCGGUGUCGGCGUCCGUGUACCAGUCCAUGGUGGCUUCCAUGCAGCAGCAGGACGGCGUCUGCGUGGCGCCGCUCGUGCAGGUGGAUCAGAACGGCGAGACGCUGGAGGCGAUAUCGAUGGGCAGCGGCGUGGCGCAGGUGAUGCUGCAGGGCGGCGGCGAGGCGCAGGUGCUGCAGGUGCUCAGCCUCAAGGAUGCCACCGUGCUCACCAAGGCCAUGCAGGUGAAAGCAGAACGAGAAGCCGUAGUAACAGACUCCUAG